AAUCACAGCUGAGCUGAGAUGCUGGCUUUUCGCGUAUUUUCGCCGUUCUUAAACUCAGUUCGUGAGGCGCUGGCUGAGCAAAAACAACAUGUAUGCGGAUGUUUUAUCAGUUUUCGGCUAGCUACGUAAAAUGUGCGCAAAACCCAAUCGGAACUACAGUUAUUGUAGUGAAAAGUGCUAAUAAAACCCAAACGGUAAAACCACUCUUUACAACGGAAGAAGAGGAAAAGCGAAGGAAGUACUGCUACUGCUGAUGCGUUAUAAAAAACUAACGGGAAAUGACUGGUAUUUAUUAUGAUUGUGGAAAAAACGCCCUGCCAAAUCAAUAAAAAACGCGGAAACAACAAACAAUAAACAAUUCGUUAGUGAAAAGCCCCGAUAAGCAUAUGGAACUGUGAAUGUGUUGAGUGUUAAACAUAAAAUAGGGAAAGUGCUUAAAGUUCCAACGGUAAACAAACUUUAUUGAUGCGAAAGUUAAAGCUGAUUGCUAACCCCAAUCGAAUAAGAAAUGUCUGAUUUUUAUUAUAUUUGCGGGCUAUAACGCCCUGGUAAAUCAAUAAAAGCCAGGGCACUUUAGCAAACCCUUCGGUUCGGGCAAUCCUCAGAACCCGCAAAACAGUCACGGACAUAAAUGUAAGCGCUUUCGGUGUUGAAAAGCCAAAAAGCCGGCCAGUGGUUCAAAAAGCCGGAGAAUGGAAGCCAAGCCUCUGCUCUUCUCGUGUUGUUAUUGUCGAAACGGGGUCAAAAGUUCGUGUCUCACUCGCUAAUUCAACCACACAAAAAAGCGCACACACACUCGCACACUCGUACACCACCCAGAUAACGGUUCCUCAAGUGCAAGCAAAGACGCUGCGUCGCCCGUCUGGCAGAAGAAAAGCAUGAAAAAAGCAUAAGAAAAAGCAUAGUAAACGCAGAAGAAAGGCAGACAAAAGCAUUAGCCAAGUGCCAAGUAACUCAAAACUGCAGGCCUACCGAAACCAGGGGAAAGCCCACAUACAAACAUGCAUAUAUAUUUGGAAAACAACACCAAAUCGCAGACAACAAACUAGGCCAAUUCGCGAGGAAGCGGGGGAAAGCGCAAUGGAAAAGUGCUCUGGAAAUGAAGAGAAGUAAAAUAUAAUAAAAAUAAAACAAUAGCAGUUCUCUGGCCAUUUGUCAAUGACUGGGCCACUCGCGUAACUGUCGAUCCUCGGGGAAAGUGGAAUAACUGCAGCUGCAACCAGACUCCAGACUACGGAACAAGGACUAUUUCGAAAAAUAUUGUGGCCGCAUUUCGUGUAAGGACGGCAUAAAACAGAAGCGGCAAAUAGAAAAGCCAAACGGCGGCUAAGUUCCCUUUGUCUGCCAUUGCCGCAGGAGCAGAGAAGGCGGAGCAGGAGUCCUGGCAAUUGGCCAAGUUAAUAGAGAGCCGGGAGGCCCGAUAAUGACGUUGCUGGAGCUGCUGCUGCUGCCGCCCAUGUUGAUGAUGAGGCUGCUAACUUGGUUAUUGCUGCCAGCCUAGAGGACACAGGACGAAGUAUCCAGACCAGAGCCUCUACACCCACCAGACGGACAACACCAACAACAACAAGCUCUGCAGCUGCAACGACGGGCUUACUGCAUUUCCGCAUCUUGUUCCUGUCGCCGCCGCCGCCCGCCGUCGCCGCCACCCGUCGCUGUCAUCCUUGUAGCCCAGUUCCAGUCGUUGCCACAGCCGGAGUCAUCAUGCCCAUUGCCCAUCCACUGCCGCUCUGCGUGGCCUGGCUGCUGCUCCUCGUCGUGAUUGUGAUGAGCGACAUGACAAACGGCGGUGUGCAGGGACCCAUCGAGGGUUACAAUUCGCUGGACGACCUGCUGACAACCACGCCCACACCCGGCCAGGCGGCCAUGCUCCUGCCCACCGCGCCCACCGCCGCCUACACGCAUCCCAAGUGGAUGGAGCCCUACUUCGAUCCCUCGACGCCGCGCAAUGUCACCGCCCUCAUGGGCAAGUCCGCCUAUCUCAGCUGCCGUGUGCGCAAUUUGGCCAACAAAACGGUGUCCUGGAUCCGGCACCGCGACAUCCACAUACUGACGGUGGGCUCGUACACCUACACCAGCGACCAGCGAUUCCAGGCGACCCAUCACCAGGACACGGAGGACUGGACACUGCAGAUAAAGUGGGCCCAGAAACGGGACGCCGGCAUGUACGAGUGCCAGAUAUCGACGCAGCCAGUGCGCAGCUAUUUCGUACGCCUGAAUGUCGUGGUGCCAACGGCCACCAUCCUGGGAGGUCCUGACCUUCACGUGGAUAAAGGCAGCACCAUAAAUCUCACUUGCACUGUAAAGUUCAGCCCCGAACCGCCGGCCUACAUCUUUUGGUAUCAUCACGAGGAGGUCAUUAAUUAUGAUUCAUCAAGAGGCGGCGUGUCGGUAAUUACCGAAAAGGGCGAUGUGACAACCUCAUUUCUGCUCAUACAGAAUGCAGAUCUGGCCGAUUCGGGCAAAUACUCCUGUGCGCCCUCCAAUGCAGAUGUGGCCAGUGUGCGUGUCCAUGUCCUAAAUGUUCGGGCCAUAAUUUCAGGUGAACAUCCGGAGGCAAUGCAAACUGGCUCAUCCGGUUGUCAGUACAAUUGGCUGACCAUCGUCCUGCUGCUGGGCCUCGUCCUUUGCUACAGUAGUCAACAGUGCAGCUCCGCAGUGCCAGCGUCAUUAACAUCGCCAUUACCAUUGCCAUCGCAAUUACCAUUGCCAGCGGCUGCAGCAGCAACAACAACUGCAACAGGAGAAAGUGCAUCCAGUGAAAGUGUGACAGCCGCAAGAGCAUCAGCAGCAACAACAACGACAACAGCAACGAGGAAGCGAUGUCCUGCGGUCAAAAGUUGUCGCCAGACCGCCGGUCGUGUCCUGACCAAAAGGUCCUGCCACAGAUGAUCGAAUGAAGGCCACGCCAGCCCCAACUAAAUAGAGUAAUUUAAAGAGCCACAUGAAAUGUGUGCGAGUGAGUGUUCGCCCAAGAAGCAUCUAUGAGUGUGUGAAUGAUCCUUUGAGUGUUUGCUACUCACCCGUUUAGUAUGCCAGUUUUAAACUUGUACUCAAAAACCACAUUGCCGAACAAUGACGCAGUAGAGGGUAAAUUUAUUUCAAGUCAAUCAAAUUUUCUGAAGAUUUUCUUCUUUUAGUGUAUAGUUUUCCCGAUCAAAAUGAUAUCCCCUUAACAGUAAGAAGAAAUUGGUUUAUAAUCUUUAUAGCCUUACCAUAUCUAUGUAAUCUAUUUCUUACCUUCUUAAUUUUAUAAAGAAAACUUCGCCAGUUUUAUUGAUUAUUCCUAAAUAAAAUGUCUCCCAAUCUUCUCUACUGCCCAAGCCGUUGUAAAGCAAUGUAUUUAUAUAAAUAAUAUUUUAUGUAAACUUAUUGAUUACAAUUUAAUGUGUAUAUUUAAACAAAAUCAAAAUGUACUAUACGAUGUGUGUAAAUAAGAAACUUAAAUAGAAUUACGGCAUAACCGAGCGUUUGGCACGCACAACAAAAAAAAGGUGUAUUACAAACAGAACAGAAAUGAAUAAUCUCUAUGGCCAGUGGCACUGACUCUUUUAAUAAAUUAUUGAAUAAUCAAAUAAAGUGCAGUGUACAGUGCAAGUGCCGGCCUCAAAUAUUAAAUAAUUAUAUAAAAACGUAGACAAGCCAAAUAGAAACAAAAUGAGUGCAGCAGUGAGUCAUAAAACAUUUAAAUUGAUUGCCAUAUCAUGCAAAUAUUUGCACCGCGCAAUUUUCCGCCAAACAAAAUGUAAAUUUGAUUUUCUGUUUAAUUCAGCCACUCAAAUACAAUUUAUUUAAUAUUUCAUUGCAGUGAUAUUAAUGACACAUUUUUAUAAUUGACGGUAAACCAAGCCGCCUCACUUCGAAAUGAUUAAUAAAUGCUACGCAAUGUUUAUCUAACAAUUUCUUUAAAUUUGACCAACUUUAAACGUUAUGAUGUUAUUCAAGUGUCACAUGCAGUUUAAACCAUUAGUUUAAUAAUGACUUGCCAUUAGUUUUGCCAUCUUAAUUAAAAACUAUGCUGUCGUGUUAAAUGACCACCAACGGCGCAACUUUAAUUACAACAAAUGGUAAAAGUGUACAGUAAAUACAAAAAUAAUUAUAAAGUAAUCCAACUCCACCCAAUAAAUUGAUUUAAUUAAUAAUUAAAAUGUAAAAAAUUCGAAUAGGUCUGAUUUCACGUUACACGAUUCUGUUGACACACAGCAAAUACUAUAGCUCAUAGUUGUUAUAAUUAUAAAACAACAAUUCCAUUUCGCCGACCCGCAAAUUAACUAACAUUCGCCGUUGAAAUCGAACGAUAACCCAUUCAAAAUCAUUGAGAAUGCUCGGCCAAUUAAAAUGUGAUGUGAUUUUCCCCAUCUUGUGUUUGAACACAAUUAUAAUGAAACAUAAUUCCGAAUUAUGCAAUGCCAUUCGGUUUGCUGCGGCAAAGCUAAUUUUAUUAAUUUUCGUUAAGCUGUAAAAAUAAUGUUAGUCAUAAGCUUUCGGCAAAUUGUGCCAUAAACGAUAAUGUUAGUUCCCACCACACAGUUUCAAAUUGAACAUAAAUUUGAUCUCCAAUUUCCAUCCGAUUGUUUUCUAGCACGUUUAAGCAAUUGGAAACCAUGAAAAUUAUAUUGAUUUACUCUUGCCUCGAAUCAUUUGCAUUUUAAAUGCCAGGUUCGAGUUACUUGUGUUUCUGACUGCAGCUAAUCUCCUAAUUGUUAAUGCAACCAAUCAAAACUAUAAGCAGUCACCCCACAAAACAUAUGAAUAUGCGUACUUCGGUUUAAGUGUGAGUGCGAACAUAUGCCAGCCAAUUUGAAAUUCCAAAUCAACGGAAUGCUAAUGCCAUAAGCCCACAAGCAUUCGUCAUCAAACUUUAAAGCGCAGUAAAUAAAUUGACAUAAGUACAUAUAUAUAUAUAUAUAUAUUCGUAGGCCAUCAGCUAAGUAAUUCCUGUAUAUUAAAGUUAAUUAGAGAAGCUCUAGAAUUAUGCAUUAGUCAAGUAAAUUUACGUGCUAUGUGUGGACUAACGACAUAGUUAAAUAGUUGUAAUAAAGCAAUCGAACUGUGUAACGAACUACUUUUAACUGUUGGAACCUACAACUAAAUGGCAAACUAGUGAAAGCAUUAUAAAAAUAUGACAUCAUAAAGAAACAUAGCAGAGCAUUACAAUAAUAAACAAAUAGCAACGAUAACAAAAGCCAAACAACACGGCCGGAAAAUAAGCGAAAACACUAAGUUUGUUGUUUGGUUUUUGCGCCAUGAUUGUCGCCACAGAAUUGUAAAACAACAAAUGACAUGAACAAACAACAACAAAAAAAGUGAAUUACAAAACGGAGUG